AUGACCGCCGCGCCCUCGCAGGACGUGAAGCUGCCCACGGCGAACAUCCGUGAGUCCAGCGUAGUUUCCCCGGACGAUGACGCCUGGGACACCGAGAUGCAGCUUGUGUCAUCGCUAGCGAAGCUACAGCAACUGGAGGGAGUGAUCCAUCAAUUGCGCACGCUGCUUCCAGGACGGUUACUGGAACCCCUGAUGACGGCGGCUAACCCGGGCAUAGCGGCCGGUGGCCGGCAGCAGGGCGUAUCAUCGUCCCCGCGGGCGGUGUUUGAGCAGCUUAAGCAGUGCGUCGAGAGCGGGACGCGGGAGGUUGCGGAGUUUCAGGCGCUGUGGCGGAGCCCGGAGAUGAGGAGUGUCUGGGACCGGGUCGAUGCCCAGAUCCGCGGGAACGGGGGCCAGCUGCUGCAGCCGACGGGGAUGUGGGAGGAGGACUACGACGUGCUGCUGGAGGAGCUCGUGCGGGAGGAGCAGGGGAAGCAGGCGGAGCGGCGGAGCGUCGAGGAGGAGGCGGAGCGGUCGAAGAUCCAGGCCACAGAGGGCGGCUGGCGGGCGAUCGUGGAGGGGUUCGCCCAGCGGAACGUGCCUGGGGUGCGGGUGCAGACGCAGACGAGCAAGACCGAGGAGGCGUCAGUCCUGGUGGCGCUGGUGAAGGCUGGGAUGGUCUUCCGGGUUCAUACCGUUGAAGGGUUGGAGAGCCACGGGGUGCCGGAAUGGCGGAUCGCCAGUAAGGCGGCGCCGGGACAGCCCGUCACCAAGCUCGAGGGGGCGGUCAUGCAGUGUUUGAACUCGCGUCCCCGGCAGUGGGACCUACUCCAAUUGCUGGAGAUGAUCUCAUCGUACUCCGACAUCAAGCAAACGCCGUGCCUGAAAUGCAACAAACUGACCGACACCGCGGCCCAGUUACCGGCCCUCCGCAAGCCGAAGCUCAUCCCAUCCGCGGACGGCCAGCAGUCCACGACCAUCUGGGAAGCCUACCAUCCCAGCUGUGUCGCGGAGUGA